AUGGUAAAUAGACCUGAUCAGCGAACUGACAAUACUCAAAUAAGAGCCUUUUCUGCAUCACAAAAUAUUCUUAAUAGAGCCGAUGGCUCUUCUAAAUUUGAAUUUGGAUCAACAUCUGUCAUUUGUUCAGUCUCAGGUCCCAUGGACAUUCAAAUUCGUGAUGAAAAAUUAGAUGAAGCAACAGUGGAUAUUGUUAUUCGACCUGCUAAAGGAGUACCUGCUACAAAAGAAAAACUAAUGGAAACUAUAUUACGUACAGCUUUUGAACCCAUCAUUUUGGCGGGUAUGAUGCCACGUACACUUAUUCAAGUUGUAGUUCAAAUUUUAAAAGACGAUGGGUGUUUGUUAGCUGCUUCAGUAAACGCAAUUACUUUGGCAUUGCUGGAUGCUGGUAUACCCAUGAAACAAAUGGCUGGUGCAAUUACAGUUAUGAUCGAUGAAAAGACAAAUGAUUUAGUGCUAGAUCCUACAUUAGCUGAAUUAGAGAACGCAAAAUCAACACAUACAUUUGCUUUUGAUAAUGUACAUGAAAAGCCUUUUGUAUUAUUAUCAGAUUCAGACGGUGUCUUUAGUGAAGAAGAGUAUUUCUCGUGUCAUGAUCUUGCAUUUGAAGCUGUUGAGAAGAUCCAUGGAUUUUUAAGGUUAGCGGUUGAGUCAAAAAAGGAAAAGGAGCAACAGCAGCUUAAUGAGCAUUAG